ACCUGGAAGGAGGAACAUGGAGGGAAGAGGAGCGGGCCUGGGCCGGGCGGCCUAUGAACGCCUCACAGCUGAGGAAAUGGAUGAGCAGAGGCGGCAGAAUGUUGCCUAUCAGUACCUGUGCCGGCUGGAGGAAGCCAAGCGCUGGAUGGAGGCCUGCCUGAAGGAGGAGCUUCCUUCCCCGGUGGAGCUGGAGGAGAGCCUCCGGAACGGAGUGCUGCUGGCCAAGCUGGGCCACUGUUUUGCACCCUCCGUGGUUCCCUUGAAGAAGAUCUAUGACGUGGAGCAGCUGCGGUACCAGGCAACUGGCUUGCAUUUCCGUCACACAGACAACAUCAACUUUUGGCUGUCUGCAAUAGCCCACAUCGGUCUGCCUUCGACCUUCUUCCCAGAGACCACGGACAUCUAUGACAAGAAGAACAUGCCCCGGGUAGUCUACUGCAUCCAUGCCCUCAGUCUCUUCCUCUUCCGGCUGGGAUUGGCCCCUCAGAUACAUGAUCUGUAUGGGAAAGUGAAAUUCACAGCCGAGGAACUCAGCAACAUGGCCUCUGAACUGGCCAAAUAUGGCCUCCAGCUGCCUGCCUUCAGCAAAAUCGGGGGCAUCCUGGCCAAUGAGCUCUCGGUGGAUGAGGCUGCAGUCCAUGCAGCUGUUCUUGCCAUCAAUGAGGCAGUGGAGCGAGGGGUGGUUGAGGACACUCUGGCUGCCUUGCAGAAUCCCAGUGCUCUUCUAGAGAAUCUUCGAGAGCCUCUGGCAGCCAUCUACCAGGAGCUGCUGGCCCAGGCCAAGAUGGAGAAGGCUGCCAAUGCCAGGAACCAUUUUUUGCAGGAUGACAGAGAGAGCCAGGACAUCUAUGACCACUACCUGACUCAGGCUGAAAUCCAGGGCAACAUCAACCAUGUCAAUGUCCAUGGGGCUCUAGAAAUUGUUGAUGAUGCCCUGGAAAGACAGAGCCCUGAGGCCUUGCUUAAGGCCCUUCAAGACCCUGCUCUGGCCCUGCAAGGGGUGAGGAGAGACUUUGCUGACUGGUACCUGGAGCAGCUGAGCUCAGACAGAGAGCAGAAGGCACAGGAGCUGGGCCUGGUGGAGCUUCUGGAAAAGGAGGAGGUGCAGGCCGGAGUGGCAGCAGCCAACAUGAAGGGUGAUCAGGAACAAGCCAUGCUCCAGGCUGUGCGACGGAUCAACAAAGCCAUCCAGAGGGGAGUGGCAGCUGACACUGUGAAGGAGCUGCUGUGCCCUGAAGCCCAGCUGCCUCCAGUGUACCCCUUUGCCUCGGCUAUGUACCAGCAGGAGCUGGCAGUGCUCCAGAGGCAGCAGCAGGGGGAGCUUGGCCAGGAGGAGCUCUUUGUGGCCGUGGAGAUGCUCUCAGCUGUGGUCCUGAUUAACCGGGCCCUGGAGGCCAGGGAUGCCAGUGGCUUCUGGAGCAGCUUGGUGAACCCAGCCACAGGCCUGGCGGAGGUGGAAGGAGAAAAUGCUCAGCGUUACUUUGAUGCCCUGGUGAAACUGCGACAGGCGCGUGGAGUGGAUGAGGCCUUCCUGAGCUGGAAUGACCUGCAAGCCACUGUGAGCCAGGUCAAUGCUCAGGUUCAGGAAGAGACCGACCAGGUCCUGGCAGUCAGCCUCAUCAACGAGGCUCUGGACCAAGGCAGCCCUGAGAAAACUCUAUCCGCCCUCCUGCUUCCUGCGGCUGGCCUGGAUGGUGUCAGCCUCCCUGUCGCCCCUCGGUACCAUCUCCUCCUUGUGGCAGCCAAAAGGCAGAAGGCCCAGGUGACAGGGGAUCCUGGAGCUGUGCUGUGGCUGGAAGAGAUCCGCCAGGGAGUGGUCAGAGCCAACCAGGAUACAAACACAGCUCAGAGCAUGGCUCUUGGUGUGGCCGCCAUCAAUCAGGCCAUCAAGGAGGGCAAGGCAGCCCAGACAGAGCGGGUGUUGAGGAACCCUGCUGUGGCCCUCCGAGGUGUAGUUCCCGACUGUGCCGAAGGCUACCAGCGAGCCCUGGAAGGUGCUGUAGCAAAGAAAUGGCGUCCAGCAGACACAGCUUUCUGGGUUCAACAUGACAUGAAGGAUGGCACUGCCUACUACUUCCAUCUGCAGAUCUUCCAGGGGACCUGGGAGCGACCCCCCAGCUGCCACCUCAACACCUCCCACCUGACUCGGGAGGAGAUCCAGUCAGCCGUCACCAAGGUCACUGCUGCCCAUGACCGCCAACAGCUCUGGAAAGCCAACGUCGGCUUUGUCAUCCAGCUCCAGGCCCGCCUCCGCGGCUUCCUAGUUCGGCAGAAGUUUGCUGAGCGUUCCCACUUUCUGAGGAUCUGGCUCCCAGCAGUCAUCAAGAUCCAGGCUCAUUGGCGGGGUUACAGACAGCGGAAGAUUUACCUGGAGCGGUUACAGUAUUUAAAAGCAAACCUGGAUGCCAUAAUCAAGAUCCAGGCCUGGGCCCGGAUGUGGGCAGCUCGGAGGCAAUACCUGAGGCGUCUGCACUACUUCCAGAAGAAUGUUAACUCCAUUGUGAAGAUCCAGGCAUUUUUCCGAGCCAGGAAAGCCCAGGGUGACUACAGGAUAUUAGUACACGCACCCCACCCUCCUCUCAGUGUGGUACGAAGAUUUGCCCAUCUCUUAAAUCAAAGCCAGCAGGACUUCUUGGCUGAGGCGGAGCUCCUGAAGCUUCAGGAAGAGGUAGUUAGGAAGAUCCGGUCCAAUCAGCAGCUGGAGCAGGACCUCAACAUCAUGGACAUCAAGAUUGGUCUGCUGGUAAAGAACCGGAUCACCCUGCAGGAGGUGGUCUCCCACUGCAAGAAGCUGACCAAGAAGAAUAAGGAACAGCUUUCGGAUAUGAUGGUUCUGGACAAGCAGAAGGGAUUGAAGUCGCUGAGCAAAGAGAAACGGCAGAAGCUAGAAGCAUACCAACACCUCUUCUACCUACUCCAGACUCAACCAAUCUAUCUGGCCAAGCUGAUCUUCCAGAUGCCACAGAACAAAACCACCAAGUUCAUGGAGGCAGUGAUUUUCAGUCUGUACAACUAUGCCUCCAGCCGCCGAGAGGCCUAUCUCCUGCUCCAGCUGUUCAAGACAGCGCUCCAGGAGGAAAUCAAGUCAAAGGUGGAGCAUCCCCAGGACGUGGUGACAGGCAACCCAACUGUGGUGAGGCUGGUGGUGAGAUUCUACCGAAAUGAGCGGGGACAGAGUGCCCUGCGGGAGAUCCUGGGCAAAGUUGUUCAGGACGUGCUAGAGGACAAGGUGCUCAGCGUCCACACAGACCCCGUCCACCUGUACAAGAGCUGGAUCAACCAGACCGAGGCCCACACAGGGCAGCGCAGCCAUCUCCCCUAUGAUGUCACCCCAGACCAGGCUUUGAGCCACCCUGAGGUCCAAAGACGACUGGACAUCUCCCUGCGCAACCUCCUCGCCAUGACUGAUAAGUUCCUUGUAGCCAUCAUCUCAUCUGUGGACCAAAUUCCAUAUGGGAUGCGUUAUGUGGCCAAAGUCCUAAAGACAACUCUGGCAGAGAAGUUCCCCAAUGCCACGGAAAGCGAGGUUUAUAAGGUGGUAGGAAACCUCCUGUACUACCGCUUCCUGAACCCCGCUGUGGUGGCCCCCGAUGCCUUCGACAUUGUGGCCCUGGCAGCAGGUGGUGCCUUGGCUGCCCCCCAGCGCCAUGCCCUGGGGGCUGUGGCUCAGCUCCUGCAGCACGCUGCGGCUGGCAAGGUCUUCUCUGGGGAGAGCCAGCACCUGCAGGUCCUGAACAACUAUCUGGAGGAGACGCACCUCAAGUUCAGGAAGUUCAUCUGCAGAGCCUGCCAGGUGCCAGAGCCAGAGGAGCGUUUUGCGAUAGAUGAGUACUCAGACAUGGUGGCUGUGGCCAAACCCAUGGUGUAUAUCACCGUAGGGGAGCUGGUCAACACGCACAGGCUGUUGCAGGAACACCAGGACUGUAUCGCCCCCGAUCACCAUGAUCCCCUGCACGAGCUCCUGGAGGACCUUGGGGAGCUGCCCACCAUUCCUGACCUCAUUGGGGAGAGCAUAGCUGCAGAUGGGCACAUGGACCUGAGCAAGCUGGAAGUGUCCCUGACACUCACCAACAAGUUUGAAGGACUGGAGGUGGAUGCUGACGAUACUGAUGCCCGAAGCCUACUUCUGAGCACGAAGCAGAUGCUGGCUGAUAUCAUACAGUUCCACCAUGGGGACUCCCUCAAGGAGAUCCUGUCCCUCUCAGCUUCCAGAGAGCAGGAAGCAGCCCACAAACGGUUGAUGUGCCGACGCCAGGCCUGUGAGGCCCAGACCCCAGAGCCACUGCGACGACACCGCUCUCUGACAGCACAUUCCCUCCUGCCACUGGCAGAGAAGCAACAGCGUGUCCUGCGGAACCUGCGCCGACUCGAAGGCCUGGGGUUGGCCAGUGCCAGCAAUGGCUACCAGGAGCUAGUAGACGAGUUGGCCAAGGACAUCCGCAACCAGCACAGGCACCGGCAACGGCGGAAGGCAGAGCUGGUGAAGCUUCAGGACACAUUCCAGGGCCUGAGCACUAAGACUACCUUCUAUGAGGAGCAGGGCGACUACUACAGCCAGUACAUCCGGGCCUGCCUGGACCACCUGGCCCCCAACUCCAAGAGUUCUGGGAAGGGGAAGAAGCAGCCUUCUCUUCAUUACACUGCUGCCCAGCUCCUGGAGAAGGGUGUCUUGGUGGAAAUUGAAGAUCUUCCCAUCUCUCACUUCAGAAACGUCAUCUUCGACAUCACCCCUGGAGACGAGGCAGGGAAGUUUGAAGUAAAUGCCAAGUUCCUGGGUGUGGACAUGGAGCGAUUUCAGCUUCACUAUCAGGACCUCCUGCAGCUCCAGUAUGAGGGUGUGGCUGUCAUGAAACUCUUCAACAAGGCCAAAGUCAAUGUCAACCUUCUCAUCUUCCUCCUCAAUAAGAAGUUCUUGCGGAAGUAACAGAGGCAGAGGGUGCUACCCAAGCCCCUCUUACCUUGCUGGAUGCUUUUCUUUAACACUAACUCACUACUCCAUUUCCCUGCAGAUGCCCAGAGCUCAGGACUGGGCAAGGCUCCAGGAUCCUCACCUCUUCCCCAACUGGCAGGAGUUUGCCUACCUGGCCACAGGUGUAUCUCUUCUAAUUGGCUAAAGUGGGCCUUGCCCCGGAGUCCAGCUGUGUGGCUUUUACCGUGUACGGUAAACCCCACGGUUUUCCAGCCAGUUGGUGGGGUAUGAAUGUAGGGCCUGCCCCCUUGGUUUGGGAAGGCUGUUGCUCUUGUGUGUGCUACUGCCUGCCCAUGGUCACCCCAAUAUUACAACACUGCCCCAGUGGCCUGAUUUCCCCUCUCCCUUCCUUCUUUCUGCCCCAAAGCCAGGGCCAGGCUCCCCAUCCCCACCUGCCACUUCAUCAGCAGUGGGUGUCCCUGCCCUGCUGAAGCCCAGGCCCCUGUUCUGCUGUGGCACUGCAUACACUCCAAGCCCUUGUCCUCACACCCGAGCGGGGAGUGGGGAGGUGCCUUGUUUGUGACUGCCCAUGUGGCACUGUUGUCCUCCAUGGCGGCGCAGGCAAAAUGACCUUUCAUUAACCUCAAAUCUCAUGCUCUUGUUUAUUGUCUAUUUUAUAUGUGGGUCACUAGGGUAUUUAUUCUGUCUCCCAUCCCUACCCUCUGGAUCAUUGUGCAGCCUUAAUCGUGGUUUUAAUUCUUUCAAUUUUUUGAGUUCAAAGAAAAAGUUCUAAUUUCCCCUAUUCAAACUAAUACCCAUGCCAGUCUUUUAUACCUUUGUAUUUAAAAGUCACUUUGGGUCAGGGCAGUAGGGUUCUCACUUGUGUUUAAGAUCUCAUUAUUUCAGCUUCAUGUGAUAAAAGAUGAGCCUUUCCCUUUUCUCUCGCAUCCUCAGUUCUCUCAUGCCUUAGAGAUGACUCUUCCAGGCAGUUUCCACAGAUCUGCAGUCCUGCCUCUGACACUGUCUCUCUGUUGUCCCCACAUCUACCCAACUUCCUGUCCUAUUGCCCUUCUGAUUUCAUUUUAAUAAAAGCAGCUCUUAUUCCCA